CGGCGCAGCGGAACUAUCGUCGAUCCAAGCAGGGCCGACUGACACACAGAGAGCAGAUUUACUCUUUUAUUCAUCAAAUAAGACUAAAAAACUCAAAACAGUUUGUCAGCGUUGGUGUGGAUGUUUCUAUAAGUCUCUGUAGGUGCUCUCUCUGUCUCUGAGUCGGUUGCCAUGGCGUCUCCAGGGGGACAAGGAGGAGGAGCUCUGUCGACGAGAGGAGGCAGCGCGGCCCGAAGGAUGAAAUGGGCUCUGGAGCUGAGUUUAGGAAACACCAGGAGUCGGGACCGGCAGGGCGGUCAGGGAGACGUCGUUUACCCCAUCGGGUUCUCUGAGAAACCCGUCCCCGACACCAGCAUCCAGGAGACGGACAAGAACCUGGUGGAGAAGCGCUGUUGGGAUGUGGCUCUGGGACCGCUGAAACAAAUCCCCAUGAACCUGUUCAUCAUGUACAUGUCUGGUAACACCAUCUCCAUCUUCCCCAUCAUGAUGGUCUGCAUGAUGGCCUGGAGACCCAUACAGGCGCUCAUGUCCAUGUCUGCCACGUUCAAGCUGUUGGAGAGCUCCAGUCAGCAGUGGCUCCAGGGCCUCGUCUACCUGGUGGGGAACCUCCUGGGCUCGGCGUUGGCCAUUUAUAAGUGUCAGUCGAUGGGGCUGCUGCCGACGCACUCGUCCGAUUGGCUCGCUUUCAUCGGGCCGCCGCAGAGGAUGGAGAUCAUGGGCGGAGGGAUGGUGUUGUGAAGCGGACGGAGGAGCGUGCACAUACAGGAUUAAAAUAUUUUACAGGAGUUGUAUACAUUUUCCACCUGAGCCCCAAACACACACACACACACACACACACAGAUACACACACACACACACACACACACACACACACACACACACACACACACACACACACACACACACACACACACAGAUAACGUUACAUCUCUUCAGCCUGCUGCUCUGCUUCAUUUCCUCUGUUGUUAUUCUCUCUCUCUGCAUCUUUCAUCUUUCUUUAAUUUCCAGCAGUUUCUCAUUUUCACUAAUUGUUCAAUUACUGUAUUUUUUCUUUUUCUUUUUUUAAAACUUACACAAUUAAAAUUUGCUUCACGUGUAAUCGGCUGACUAAAAAAAAAAAAAGGUUUAUAAAGUUAUUUCACAAAACGCUUUAUAUCUAUUUACAACCACAACUUUUAUCUUUUAUGACGUGUUUUUCAAGACAGAAAGCAACAAACAGUUAUAUAGAGUAGAGUAGCAUUUAUCCUUUUUUUUAUUAUUAUUAUUAUUAUUAUUAGGUUUCUGUUCAUUUCUUCUCAGUUUGGUGGCAUCAUCACCAUCAUCAUCAUCAUCAUCAUCAUCAUGCUAGCCUGCAACAUCUACUAACCCUGUUUAAUUUAUAGGUCUGUUUUUUAAUUUAUACUGAUUUGCUCUGAAAAUGUUCUAUGAAAA